AAGUUUUGGGAGUUCUCAACUUACCAGUUAAAUAUUUUUUUCCGACCAAGUAAUCCGUUUGCGGAAAAGCAGUUCAGCAAUACAGCGACUCAGAUGGCUAGCAUCAAUAUUCUGAGGGCACUCUAUGCCGGUAAUAUGCUUUGGCAUACAAGUGCUUUCAUCCAUUUCUCAUUCCGCCAAGAAUACAUAAUGCGGAAAAUCAGCAAGCGAUCAAAGUCGAAGUUACCAACCGUCUCUUCCUUGCCUGAAGGCGAUGCAUGGCAUCAUGAUAUCAUGGCCUACUUGGGCUACAUCAACGUCGGUUACGUAGCACUCGCCGGGAUAAGACUCUGGAGCCUCACUAGGAAUCACGAUCUCCCACCCGAAAGCGAUAUGGACGUUCUAGCGUUAACAGUUCUGGGAAUCGCGAAUGCCAGUCAAGCUUGGGGGAACUUUGUCUUAUCGGCUGGCAGUGGAAGGUGGAUCAUGGGUACAGGGUUCGAUAGGAUUACCGUGUUUGAUGCGCUGUUCACGCUGCUGGAUGGAUAUGUUGUCGCAUCGUAUAUCUUUGGUUCUUGA